AAAUCACAAAAAGUAUGAAAGUGCUGAAGAAAGCAAGGAAGAGAAAGCCAAAUAAUGACUUAAAAGGGUCUACGGCUAAGAGGUUCAUGGCUUCUGGGGAGAAAUCGGAUCAAGGCAAAGAGGAAACUAAAGUUAAGGGGCUGCAGACUUGGAAAUCUGAUGGAUCCAUCUUAUUUGCCGAUUUCGGAGCAAAAUCUAGUGAUAAAGUUGCAGGAUUUGACAUGGACUCCACACUCAUUGAUACUAAAUCAGGUGCUCUUUUUGCGAAGAAUGCAAGUGACUGGAAGUGGUGGGAUGAGACUGUGCCAAACAAGCUCAAGGAGAUCUAUGAAGAUGGCUACAAGAUCGUUAUUUUUAGCAACCAAGCAGGAGUAGAGAUCAAUAGAGUUAAGCCUGAAACACUCAAGGGGAAGUUUACUCAGCUUUAUAGUAGUCUGAAGAUCCCAUUCCAGGCAUUGUGUGCCACUUCGAAAGACGAAAAUCGCAAGCCGAAUACUGGCAUGUGGAAGUACUUUGUUCAAAAUUGUAACAAUGGAGUAAUCCCUAAAAAGACUAAGUCUCUCUACUGCGGUGACGCAGCGGGGAGACCAAAGACCAAAACUAAAAAGAAAGAUUUCAGUGAUGGUGACAGGAAAUUUGCUCUCAACACCGGUCUUACCUUCUAUACUCCAGAGAUGUACUUCUUGGGCAUCAAGGAGAGACUUCCUCCUCUCGCUUUUAAUGUCAAGAAGUUGAAAGACCUGGAAGGCAAAUCUCCCACUGGUGAAGAAGAGAAGUAUGCCAAAGAGGAGCAAGAAAUGAUCAUAUUUAUCGGCUCCCCUGGGGCUGGAAAAUCAACAUUUUGGAACAACUUUUUAAAAGAUUAUGUUCGUGUCAACAACGACACGCUCAAGACGAAGGAAAAGUGCAUGAAGGUGGCUAGGCAAGCUCUUGAAGAAGGAAAGAGUUGUGUGAUUGAUAACACAAACCCUGAUGCUGCUACCAGAUCUCGGUAUACAUCAAUAGCAGAGGAGUUGAAAGUUCCAUGCAGAGCAUUUCUAUUUGAUAUUGAGAAGAAUAUCUGCAUGCACAAUAAUGAUCAAAGGAAGGUAAACUCACAUAGGAGCCAUUUCUCAAAGAAAGUGUCUAAUGUUAUUAUUCACACCUUCUUCAAGAGAUUGGAGAAGCCAGCUGAAGAGGAAGGGUUCAGUGAAGUUAAGACAAUCAAGUUUAUCCCUGGUCCAUUUGAAAGCACAGGAGAUGAAGAAAGCUAUUACAACAGUUAGAAUUUAUCAGAAAAGGAUUUUGUCAAUUUUAA